AUGGAAGAGGAAGAUGUAGUCUCCUAUUUUCAUGGUGCAGCAGCUAUGGCCGACGAAAAUUUGUGUGUCGGCAACGAAGAAGAACUAGUUUUCGAUGACCUAGAUGCUUGUCUAGGUAAUGAAUCUUCAUCCGAGGCGGGUGAGGAUGCAAAUAUGGAGGGAUAUUUUGACGAUAAUGUUGGUGAUGAUUUUUACGAAAACUGGGAAGACAGAGGCAUUGACGAGAUUGCUGACUUUGGCCAAAUUAACUUUAAAGAAAUAACUUUUGAUCAUAUGAGAUUGUUACAUUUUCCUGAUCAACAUGUAGCCUUUGCUUUCUACAAUUUAUAUGCAAAAAUGAAUGGGUUUUUGAUAAGGAAGACCAGGCUAAGAGAUUUUGCUGUUGAUAAAGAGGCCCACGAACAUAAGCGAGAGCCUAAGCCUGAGACUAGAUGUGGCUGUCUAGCACAGAUGCGUGUUCAUCUACAUUUGGAGAGUGGUAGAUGCAUUAUUUCAUACUUUGAUGAUGUUCACAAUCAUGAGAUGCUUGAUGAAACACUUACAUUUAUGCUCCCUAGGAAUAGAAAGAUGAAUGCUACCGCAAUUGAACAAAUGAACAUGAUGUUAAAAAUUGAUAAACAGAGAAAGCCAAUAGGGGGCGAUAUAAUGUCUUGUCUUCGGUGGUUGGAAUCAUUUGCAGAGGAGAAUCCUGGAACGUUUGUGCAUUACUUAGUGGAUAAAGAGGGUCGUUUAGUGCACCUUUUUUGGUCUGAUAACUAUAGUAAAUUAGAUUACCAUGUGUUGAAAGAUGUUGUAGCAUUUGAUGCAAUUUAUCAGAAGAAUAAGUACAUGUGUCCAUUGGUUGUAUUUUCUGGCGUAAAUCACCAUAACCAAACCAUUGUUUUUGCUGCUGCCCUUGUUGCAAAUGAGAGUGGGGAGACAUAUUCCUGGCUACUUGAAAGAUUUUUGGAAGCUAUGAAGGGGAAAGAUCCUGAGUGUGUUAUCACAGAUGGGCAUGGAAUAAUGAAAAAGGCUAUUGAAAAAGUUUCAAAGUUUGAAGUUAGGUGGGAAAGAUUAGUCAUUGAGCUUCAGCUUCAGGAUAAUCAGUGGGUCUGUGACCUUUAUAAUCGGAGAAAAAUUUGGGCAACGGCUCACAUUCGUGGCCAUUUUUUUGGUGGAUUUCGGACGACAUCAAGAUGCAAGGAGAUGAGGUCUCGGGAAACACAAUCCGAUAUGCAUAGUGUGGUUGGACACUUUGUGUUGCAAAUUCCCUUUCAUGAUUUGGAGAGGUCUACUGCAAAGUUACUAAUAAGGGAGAUAUUUCUCUUGUUUCGGCCCAUUCUGUCCCAUGCAUGUACAUUAAAGGUCCGGUCUUGUACGUUGACUCCGACAUCGAACAUAUACAUCAUUUCACGGUUGGGCAAUUCACAGAACUACUGGCAUAUUUUGCACUAUCCCGAGGAUUCAAUUUUUAAGUGCUCUUGUUUAAGGAUGGAAUCCCUUGGAAUACCAUGCGAUCACAUUGUGGCCCUUCUUGUACAUCUUGAUUUCAUGAAAAUUCCAAUGAGUCUUGUUUUAGAGAGGUGGUCUAAGAAUGAUCGGUCGAAGGUGAGACAAUAUGUUGACAAGGGACCAUUUUGUUGGGAUGGUAUGGUAACUUGCCACAAUUGGAUGCUAAACGACCUAUGUAGGGAGAUGUUUGUGCUUGCAUCAGUGAGAAAAGAUCAAUCUGCAACGGUCAUUGAGAAGGUACGCAGCGAGAUCACUCGAUUAAAGCACGAUAUGGAAGUUGGGCCUUCUCCACCCGCGGUUGUUGUCCAAUCGUCCACACUCGAGGGGUGUGUUCAAGAUCCACUUGUUGUGCGUCACAAGAAAGAGGCCAAAGAACGAGUCAAUUAA